AUGCAACCCUACAAAGGAUCCGAUCUCCUGGAAGCCGGGACUUUGUCCCGUUCUCGAAGCACCUCCCUCUCCAGCGACUCGCACGUUCGAGUGAACCUCAUGUCUCCCCCCUCCCUCUCAUGUAUCCGCCCAGCGGUCUCCGACGUCCUGAAGCCUCGUCUUGCUUCCGAGGUCGUGGACACCGCCGAUGAGGAAUUGAGCGAAUAUAUGGGGGGUGUCGAUGACGAGAAGACGGAAUUCCGUGGUGGUCAGGAACCCGGCGGCGACUUCGAUCUGGUGCGCUCGUGGAAAUUGACCCGUCUUCGAUGCAUGGUAUACACUCGUUUGGGUGACAUGGAAGAGGAGGAUGAGGAUGAAUAUAUUGCGCAAGAUGGCCUUGGGGAGUGCGACGGCGCGCCCCGUCGUUUCUCCAGUCAUGUCGAUAACAUCACACCCGCCGCGGCCAUUUUUCUCACUUCGAUCAUCGAGCACAUUGGCGAGCGCGCCUUGGUGAUUGCUGGUGAGACGGCGCGCUCCCGGCUGUCGGCAAAGCUGAAUGACGGCGGCAGUGAAUCGAUCGACCUGGAGGAGGAACGUAAGCGAAUCGAUCGGUUAGUGGUGGAGGAUCUUGACAUGGAAAAAUUGGCGUUGAACGCGACUCUGGGGCGGUUGUGGCGGACUUGGCGAAAGCGCAGACGCAACACCACCCUUUCGCGAACUCUUUCUCGUGAGUCCUUCCGCCGUCGAGGUUACUCGACUCUAGCGGGAAGCCGCAAGAGCAGUAUUGCGACCAUCGAGGAGCCUGUCACUCCCAAGGAGCCGCUUCCUGAGGCGGAGUCAGCGCCCGUCGAGCCCGAGAUCGAGGUUCCCGGAUUCUCGCAUGAGUUGGAAGGCGAGGUGCAGACGAUGCAGGCCGUUGUCGCGCACAAGGUGCGACCACGUAGCUUGAUGGUUUUCACAUCGCCAUCGUUCGCGCCAAAGUCGCCUGGCGCAAGGGAUUCUCCCGUGAGUGCCUCCGCAAUUGACGACCCAAAGGUGGUUCGUCAUGCCCGCUCAAGGUCAUUGCCAAAUGCGGCGGCCAGCCCACCACCACGCGAGGCCAAGUCGGAACCUGCAGAUGAAAAUGCUCCAUCCCCGAGCGCCUCGGAAAAGAGCAAGCAGCUCGAAACCAUGUACGAAGAUGACGAAUCCGCCGAGUUCGUCGAUGCUGCAGAGACUGCCCCUGGAAUUGCGAUCACAACACCUAUCAAUGAGCCUACAGAAGCGGAGAGCUUAGAAGAUGCGCGAAUGCCCAUUGUGCGGGAAGAAGAUGAAGAUCAAGCUGAACGGGGUCCGCCCGUGAAUGAAACCAUUGCUUCCUUGCGCUCUAGCGCCAACGACGAGACCGAUCAGUCGAAUAGCGCUCGAGUCUCCGUCUCAUCCCUUGAUGAGGAACCAACCAAGAAUCCGGAGAUUAUCGAAGGACGGGGAAUGUGCGAGAAGCCUAAGCCAGCGGCGACGAUCCAACGCCCAAGGAGGAAACCCAGCAGGGAUGCCACUUCUCAGAUUAAUGCAAAGGCGAUCACUGCAGAAACUAGCGACUCAGACGUUCAACCUAUCGCGGAGAAAAAGCCCACCACGCAAGGGGCAGAAGCCACAUCCGCACCACCUGGCGCCACGAUCGAGGCUAUCAAUACUCCCGAUGAUGAAAAUCCCGUCGAGCACGAUCACGAUAAAUCGGCUAUGGCAUCCCCGUCGCAGAGUGUUCCUUUGAAUGAAAACGAUGCCGUCUCCGAAAAGCCUCUACAAAGUGUCGCCGCGCUAGAACCCAAUAAUUCUCGUCCUACCUCCGCUUCGGGCGACAGCCAACACUCCCAGAAAUCCCGUACACGCCACAGACCUAGCCCGCUCGUGGUCACGGCUAGCAAUCGCAAUUCUCCUAGUGGCGCAGAGCGAGCAGCCGUGCAACGCAUGCCUCCACGACCUUCCAAUUCUAUUUCUUCGACCGUUCAGCCAGCCAAGUCCCGCCGCUCAGAGAGCUUCAGCAGUUCGCGCGAGAAGCGUCCAGUUACAGCGGGCUCUACAACAUCCCAGAAAUCAGGAAAGAUCACUCGACUCAUGGGUCGGCCGGGCGAGUCUCCUUCGCUCCGCCUUCGCAGCUCAUCUGACACGAGUCGGGCCUCUGGUAGCGCGGACUCUGACGGUAACGACACCACGGACCUGGACAAGUUGAUCAAUAGCGACGAGACUAUCCACUUCACGCUAACACCAAAGAGUGUGAGGGAGAUGACUUUCCCCGAGCCGCCUCGACCAAUCCCUAGGUCGGACACGGCCGAUACGCAUGACCUGGCUAAUUUCUUGAAGAACACGGCUCCUCCAGGAGAAGAUGCGCGACCACCGACUUCUCUUUCCACCCGCGCAAACGGGGACCUGACCUCUCUCGGACGCACCAAGUCCGCUGAUUCCCCCAAGUUCAUUCCCAUUUCCUCUCGCAUGCCAGCUCCACCAAAGUCUCCCGUGUCGACAGGCAGCGCUAGGGAUGCUCGCCCUACUCGCGAUUCCACUCGUGAAAUUGCCGAGUUUAUCAAGUCAACUGGACCUGCCACUCCCACGUCUUCGCACCCAGGCAGCCCGACCCCUACCAAUGGGACGAGGUCUUCUCGGCGCCAGUCUACUAUCUCCGCCAGUACCAACAAUACCCAUAGUACAUACAAUACCAACAAGUCCAACAAGUCUCGCCAAUCAACUCGCAACGCCCGCCCCCAGGCACGCGCACCCGCUGAGACCAAGCGUUCACAAACAUCAGAGCUGAUUGAUUUCAUUCGCGAGGGUCCCCCUCAACCUGGUGCACACCGCAUUCCCCGAACAGUUGCGCCGUUCAGGAACACGAUUGAUUCCGAGGACCUGCAGUACGAACCUGUUCAAAACGAGAAGGAUACGGCUACUCACAGCUCUGUGACCACCUCCACGCCUAAUAAGUCAAUGACUUCUCUGGGCUCGCGGACAGGUCUGCUGGAAUCUGCCAACCGUGGUAAUGCCCAGAUAAAGGCAGCACCGCCUGCCAAGCCUAUGGAACAAGAUGACCCGAUGCCAGUUCGGAAGCAGCGCCGUGUUCCAGACCCCUAUGCAAUUGACGAUGACGACGACGAUGAUAUGCUCGAAGAGCUUAUCAAUGCUAAGCCGCCCCCACGCCAAGAAGAAAGCUUAAUGGAUUUCCUCCGCAACGCGCCACCUCCUCCACAGGGAGAAGAGGCGCCUCAGCCCUUCAACCUGAGCGGCCCCCAACCCUCGUCAAGCUCCAAUGGCUCGGCGGGCUUGAAGUCUCGUUUCCUGCGUGCCAAUACCGACAAGGGCCCCACCAACAAAAAGUCCAUGAGUUCCAUGCGUUCGCAGAGCACUCUCGGCAGCACCCAAGCCAACUACACCCAAAAGAUUGGCUCGGAACGCAACCACGGUACGAUGCCAUCCACUUCGCACAAGCAGAGCGAGACCAGCGCCCUGGCGGACUUCCUCCGGAACACUGGACCACCCGAGCCACCAGCUCGACCUAAGAAGGACAAUUCCUUCUCGCGCUUCUUCGUGCGCCGCAAGAAGGUCGAGGUAUAA